GCCACAACAGCGCUUCUGCGUUAUUUACUUAUUUAUUUUGUUUACAAUUUUCAAACUGAAAAACCUAUAAUGGCGCAUUAGGUGCGUCUAGUAAGGCCGUCUAGUAAAAGCAAGACGUGAAGUGAAGUAUAGGUGUUUGGUUAUGAUAACACCUACGAUACCACCUAUAUAACUGAUAAUUACAUUACAACAAAGAAACAACUAGCAAAUGUUUGCAAAGGUUCUCCGUCCGUGUAUAGCGUACUAGCUGAAGGACCCGGCGUCUAAACAAACGCCCAGUUAGGCCACAUUAUGUAACUGUGUUUUACCUGGCGUUCAACACACCCUGUGGAAGGAUUAACAAAAACCCUACACUGUUCCAAACAUUCAGAUGAAGGGCUUAGUACAGAUUAUAUCAUAUGCUAUAAAAAUGGCGAAGACAGAGGUCAAGGAUACUAUGACACUAGAAGAACUGGAGAAAAACAUUCAAACCCUUAUUCCUGAUCUUGUCACAGCUGCUGAAAAACCUGCAGUUUAUAACCCAUUUAUAUCUAACUUAAAGAUGAAUACAUUUGAUAUAGUUCAGAUGGUGCUAUUGUGCUUUUUAAUCCCCAUUCGAAUGACUUUACUUCUUCUUUCAUUUAUUUUUGGUGGAUUGAUAGCGAAGUUAUUUCUUAUUGGGUUUAAAGAGUCAAGCCCACCUGUCCCUAUGACUGGAUUUCGGAGGUUUGGUCAACAAAUCAUGUGGUUUUUUGCUAGAUGUUGUGCCUAUGCAUGUGGUUUUCAUCAUAUAACAGUUAAAGGCAAACUAGCUGGUCCAGAGGAAGCACCAGUUGUUGUAUGUGCCCCACACUCCACAUUUAUUGAUGGCUUAGCAUUUGGAAGAAAAUUGGGACUCGUUUCUGCUGUCUCAAGAAUAGAAAACCUCUCUGCUUUUUUAAUUGGGAGCUGUGUGCGUAUUAUUCAGCCAGUGGCAGUUAGCAGAGCAGAUCGUGACUCUAAAACAAAAGUAGUGAAAGAGAUAAAACGACGUGCCAAAGAAGGAAAUUGGCCUCCUAUUAUUAUCUUUCCAGAAGGAACGUGCACAAAUAGAAAAUGCUUUAUUACAUUCAAGCCAGGAGCAUUUUACCCUGGUGUUCCUGUCCAACCUCUUCUUGUAAAGUUUAAAGAUAAAUUAGAUUAUGCGACAUGGAGCUGGAUUGGACUCGGUGUGCUUCCCCUUCUGUGUAUAAUGAUGUCUCGAAUCAAAAAUAAUAUGGAGAUUGAGAUUCUUCCAGUGUACAAACCAUCUAAAGAGGAAAAAGAAGAUGCGUUCUUGUAUGCAAGAAACGUUCGUGCUUACAUGGCAAGUGUUGGUGGAGUACCUGUUACCGAUCAUUCAUACGAAGAUUGUCGACUGAUGACGGAGGCGAAAAAGUUGGGCCUGCCAAUGCAAGCUGGGUUGGUUGAAUAUUAUAAAUUAAGUCCUAUGAUCGGGAUGAAUUGUGAUUGCAUGAUAGAAUAUUUCAGAAAAUUCGCGAAAAUUGAUCAAAAUUGCGACGGUGUUAUAAGUUUAGAAGAAUUUUGUGACUAUUUAAAUUUGCCACCAACUGAAGAAAUUAAAACAAUUUUUAGAAUAUACGAUAUAGAUAAAGACAGUUCAAUAACUUUUCGAGAAUAUUUGCUUGGCUGUUUCUUGAUAUCAACUCCAUUUAACACAGAUAGUAAUAUCUCAAUGGCUUUCAAUUUAUUUGACUCAAGUUGCAAUGAUUAUAUUACAUUUGAAAGUUUUUCUGAACUUUUAACAACUGUUAUGGACUUACACGAAGUAUACAUCAGAAGGAUGUACGAAGAGCUCGACUCUGAGGACAGUGGAAAAGUUACCAUAGAUAACUUCCGUAAUUUCUGUUUACAAAAGCCAGAAUACGCGUUGCUGUUUAUUCACUUCAGAAAUCUUCAAUCAAGAUCUUCGUCUAUGACCUUCUCUCCGACUCAUCUACGAUCUGGCUCCGUUACUGACUUUCAAUAUGCUGAACCAGGUGUUUCUAUGUAAUUAUCACACUAAGUAUUGUGACCUUAUGUAGCUAAUACUAUAUAUUUUUAUGUCUUUUUUCUGUAUAUUUAGCUAGUGCCGAUCGAUUUACUCGUGAUUGUGUCGUGUUUGUUAGUAUAAAUUUGUCGUGAUUGUGUCGUGUUUGUGACGUAUAAAUUUGUCGGAGUUUUAUUAGUGUAGUAUUUUGGUCUGUUUUUUUUUAUCAUUUUGUUUAUCACAAAAUGUUUAUGAUAAGAAUUUACAAUUUACUGUA